CUAGACUAGAAGUCUAUACGGAUUCUCUCGGAUAGACUAUUUAUUCGGUCUCAACCAGAUCAUUUUACAUGAUUGGACACGGUACUUCAGAGGAGGUGCAGAAACUGCAGAAGCACCUGUCCCUGCUGCGGCAGGAGUACGUCAAAAUGCAGCAGAAGCUGGUGGAGACGGAGAGGAGGUGCUCCCUGCUGGCGGCGCAAGCCUCCGGUCACGGCCUCACUUGCUCACAGCUCAGUGACUCGUUCAUCAGCCGCCUGCUGGCCAUCGUCGCUGAGCUCUAUCAACAAGACCAUUACAGUGAUCUGAAGGUGAAGAUCGGACAGGAGCAGCUGAGCGCCCAUAAGUUUGUCCUGGCAGCACGCAGUGAUGCCUGGAGUCUGGCCAACAUGGGCUCCACGUCUGAGCUUGACCUAUCAGAUGCCAAGCCAGAGGUUGCCAUGGCGAUGCUGCGCUGGACUUACACAGAUGAGCUGGAGCUGAGCGAAGAUGACACUUUCCUCAUUGACCUGAUGAAGCUGGCCAACCGCUUUCAACUGUACCUUCUACGAGAGAGAUGUGAGAAAGGAGUGAUGUCAUCAGUAAACGUGAGGAACUGCAUUCGUUUUUACCAGACGGCCGAGGAGUUGGACGCUGCAACGCUGAUGAACUACUGCGGUGAAAUCAUCGCUAGCCAUUGGGAUGAUCUGAGGAAAGAGGACUUCAGUACUAUGAGCGCUCCACUGCUGUAUAAGAUGAUCAAAUCCAAGACCGAGUUUCCUCUUCACAAAGCCAUUAAAGUAGAAAGAGAGGACGUGAUGUUCCUGUAUCUUAUCGAGAUGGAUGCUCAGCUGCCAGGAAAGCUGAAUGAGCUGGACAAUAACGGAGAUCUGGCUCUGGACCUGGCCUUAUCCCGAAAACUGGAGAGCAUUGCCACCACCUUGGUCAACAACAAAGCAGACGUGGACAUGGUCGAUCAGAGCGGCUGGAGUCUCCUGCACAAGGCCAUCCAGAGAGGAGAUGAGUUCGCUUCUACCUUCCUGAUCCGCCACUCAGCCCAGGUGAACGCUGCUACAGUGGGGGCAGUGGAGACGCCGCUGCACCUCGUCUGCUCCUUCAGCCCAAAGAAACACAGUGCUGAUGUAAUGAGCGGUAUGGCUCGCAUUGCAGAGGCACUGCUCAAAACCGGCGCCAACCCCAACAUGCAAAACAGCAGAGGACGAACACCUUUACAUGAAGCAGUGCUGUCAGGAAAUGAUCAUGUAUUCAACCAGCUCCUUCAGUGCAAACAACUGGACUUGAAUCUGAAAGACCAUGAAGGGAAUACUGCUCUGUGGCUGGCCCUGCAGUACAUUACAGUAGCAUCUGAUCCUUCGAUCAACCCCUUCGAUGAUGAAGCUCCUGUAGUUAACGGCACCUCAUUUGAUGAGAACAGUUUUGCGGCUCAACUGAUACAAAGAGGAAGUGAUCCCAAUUCUCCGGACGCCUCUGGAAAUUGUCUCAUUCAGAGAGCAGCCCUUGCAGGAAGUGAGGCAGCUGCCAUCUUUCUGGCUACCCAUGAAUCAAAGGUCAAUCAUACCAAUAAAUGGGGAGAAACCCCCCUGCACACUGCAUGCCGCUGCGGAUUAGCAGCUCUGACGGCUGAGCUUCUGCAGCAGGGGGCCAAUCCCAAUCUACAAACCCACACUGCCUUCCCUGACGCAGGGGACCGGAGCCAUGGCGUGUCUUUACAGAGCCCUCUGCAUAUGGCUAUCAGUCACAACCAUCCCGACGUGGUGUCUGUCAUACUAGAGCAGAAAGCCAAUGCUCUCCAUGCCACCAACAACCUACAGAUCAUCCCAGACUUUAGCCUUAAGGAUUCCUUGGACCAGACUGUGCUUGGACUUGCUCUCUGGACAGGAAUGCACAACGUUGCUGCUCAGCUCCUGGGCUCAGGGGCAGCUAUUAAUGACACUAUGUCAGAUGGCCAGACUCUUCUCCACAUGGCCAUUAAGAAACAGGAUAGCAGGAGUGCUCUUUUCUUGCUAGAGCACCAGGCAGACAUCAAUGUAAGGACACAGGAGGGUCAGACAGCCCUGCAGCUGGCCAUCAGUAACCAGCUCCCCCUGGUUGUGGACGCUAUCUGUACUCGUGGAGCAGACAUGUCGGUGGUGGAUGAGAAGGGAAAUCCUCCACUGUGGCUUGCCUUAGAGAAUGGCCUUGAAGACAUUGCAUCAACAUUGGUUAGGCAUGGCUGUGACUCGACAUGCUGGAGUACGGGACACGCAGGGUGCCAACAAACAUUGCUGCAUAGAGCCAUUGAUGAGAACAACGAGGUCUCCGCAUGCUUCCUUAUACGCAGUGGCUGUGAUGUGAACAGUCCUCGGAGGCCUGGUCCUAACGGAGAGGGAGAAGAAGAGGCACGGGAUGGUCAAACUCCUCUGCACCUGGCGUCCUCCUGGGGCCUUGAAGAAGUGGUGCAGUGCCUUCUGGAGUUCGGAGCUAAUGUCAAUGCACAGGAUUCUGAGGGCCGGGCACCAAUCCAUGUGGCUAUCAGUAACCAGCACAGCGUGAUCAUCCAGCUUCUCAUUUCACACCCAGACAUCCGUCUAAACCUGAGAGACCGGCAGAGCAUGACUCCAUUUGCCUGUGCCAUGACCCACAAGAACAACAAAGCAGCAGAAGCCAUCCUCAAAAGAGAGGCUGGAGCAGCCGAGCAGGUCGACAACAAGGGACGCAACUUCCUUCACAUAGCUGUGCAGAACUCUGACAUCGAGAGUGUUCUUUUCCUAAUCAGCGUGCAGGCAAACGUUAACUCCAGAGUACAAGAUGCAGCCAAACUCACACCACUGCAUCUCGCUGUGCAAGCCGGAUCUGAGAUCAUCGUGCGCAACUUGCUGCUGGCGGGUGCUAAAGUGAACGAGUUGACUAAACAUCGUCAAACGGCUCUACAUUUGGCAGCGCAACAAGAUCUGGCCACUAUUUGCUCUGUGCUGCUCGAAAACGGCGUGGAUUUCCCGGCUGUUGAUGAGAACGGAAACAAUGCUCUGCACCUAGCUGUGAUGCAGGGUCGCCUGAAUAACGUCCGGGCUCUUCUCACCGAGUCAAACAUCGACGCAGAAGCCUACAAUCACAGGGGGCAGUCUCCAAUGCAUGUUCUUGGACACUACGGGAAAGAAAAUGCAGCAGCCAUCUUUGAGCUGUUCUUGGAAUGCAUGCCAGAGUAUCCUCUGGAUAAACCGGAUAGUGAAGGGAAUACUGUUCUGCUGUUGGCCUAUAUGAAAGGAAACGCUAAUCUUUGUCGUGCCAUUGUGAGAGCUGGAGCUCGUCUGGGUGUCAACAACAAUCAGAGCAUAAACAUCUUCAACUACCAAGUGGCCACUAAGCAGCUGCUCUUCCGCCUUUUAGAUAUGCUGUCCAAAGAGCCCCCAUGGUGCGACGGCUCCAACUGUUACGAAUGUACUGCCAAGUUUGGAGUCACUACAAGAAAACAUCACUGCCGUCACUGUGGCCGCUUGCUCUGCCACAAGUGCUCUAUCAAGGAGAUCCCCAUCAUCAAAUUCGACCUGAACAAGCCAGUCCGCGUGUGCGAUAUCUGCUUCGACGUGCUCACUUUGGGUGGAGUUUCCUAACACACCGGGUGUAACACACACACACACACACACACACACACACACACUAAAUUCGACCGUGCUUUAAAAAAAAAAAAAGGUAGGGAGGAGAUAGAAUGGACUAACUGUAUAGACCACAACUUUUUACUACUAUUACAGACAUUUCUGAACAAAACAACUGUGUAUGUAUGUUCUAAUACCAACAUCUGUCAAGAAAAACGAUGAAAGUAGUGCAGGAGUACUUGAUUCUUGAUGACCCUGUAUUCAGUGAGGGGGGAAAAAAAGGAAAAAAUCACCCUGAAUGUACAUAAUAUUUAUAAUCAAUAUUCCAUCUUCAAAGGUGUAGAGGGUUUAUUUUACGAGCGGCUUUUUUGGGGUAAAUUUGGUGGACUCAUGUCACGUGGUUGAUCAGAAGGUUGAGGGUUUAAGCUGCCACUCUCAGGGGCCCUCGAGCAAGGCCCUUAACCCUCUGUGCUCCAGGGGGCGCUGUAUCAUGGCUGACCCUGCACUCUGACCCCAUCACUGGGAAAUGUGAAUAAUUGAUUUCACUCUGCUGUAUUGUACAUGUGACAAGUGUUAAAACACCUUGCUUAGUUUUCUUUACCUUUAAUUUGGUUUCUGUUUUUUUGUUAACCUAAAGAGAGUGAUGGAUCAGCGCUUUAGUCUGUCCAGCUCAUUCACCUUCUCAUCUAUAUACUUUGCUCCAACAGCUUUUUCAUUCCUUUCAUUUUUCUCACCACUCUAGAGAGAGACAGAGCAGAUUCGACUCCUCACAGAAAUUAUGAAAAAACAGCACCACAAUCUCUACAUUUAUUACAUAUCUACCCAUGACGAGCAAAUUAACUGUAUUUCAGGGUGACAUUUUCCUUUAACGGCAUGGGCCAGGUCUGUCAAGUAUGGAGAAGUUUGGACUUGUGCAGGGUAUGGGGUCUGGACGAAUGGAGUUAAGAAGCUCCGAAGUAAUAAAACGCUAUUGAAGUAGACCUAGUAGGUGUUGUAGGUGCCAGGCCCGGAGACAGAACCUGCUAAUGUGGGACGGUGCAGAGGAAAUUACUACAGAUGUAUAAAAAUGAACGACAAAUUUACAUCUGUCAUCUCAGUGUAAAACCGCACAUAAUACGUAGAUUAUUUCACUAGCGAUCAUGGAACAGGUAGGAAUGAAGGAUUAUCCGUAUAAUCCGGAUAAUUAGCCAUUCCUCUCAAAGCCUUAAUUACGCUGGCCUGAGCGAUGCUUUUUGUUUAGUCUUAAACAAAAGGCAAUUUAUAAACCUUUACUAUUUUCUUGCACCUAUCAAAACUAUAGAGGGGAAUUAUCACCCUAAGAGCCUCAGAACACAAGGUUUAACUCGAAGUCAAGCACAUUUCAGUAUACGAUUUUUACUUUGUCUUCUGUUAUUCAACCUUAGUUGUGAUCAUUAAUCAGUGAGCAAUUUGCAUAUUAAAUCGAUUUUUUUUUUAUUCUUCCAUUAGCACUUUUUUUUUUCGUGAAACAUUCACAGCUGAACAAUGUCAUUUUCUGAACCUGAACAAAAAGCAAAAAAAAAAAAAACGUUACUACUACCAAGUAAACAGAGGAUUUAGGUGCAGAAGUCAUGAUGUUGCCGACUAUGCAUAUAUGCACGUUUAUCAUUUUAGCACUGUCUUAAUCAUUCUGAUCACCGACGCAUCCAUUCCAGUUAAUCUAGAACAUAUUUCUGAAUUGUUGUUUUUUUGAAAAAUGAUUCUUCUUCUGAAUCAGCUUUGUCUGAUGUCACGUUAAGUUGAACGUAUUAUGUUUUUAAACUCUUCUGAAAUUUUGAAAGGCUGCACUUUAUCAUACUUGAUUUUGUUUUUGUUUCCUGAUCGUGCAAAAUCGAGAAUGUUGCAUUCAAGCUUGAAGAGUUCGCAGUCUAUUCUAGGUUUUGUUCACUUGUACAGCUAAUUGUAUACUAUUUUUGACCACUACAACUGUUUUGUACUUAAACGCAGGUUGUGCUUUUUUUUUUUUUUUGUUGCCUCUGUCCGAUCUCUUAUGCACACUAUAUUGUAUCUGUAUGCUCGGAUAUCUAGCCUGUCACUUCCUCUAGUAUCCUUUUCAGAAAAAAAUAAAGGGAGGACAAAUUUACAUUGAGGUCAUCCAAUGAUUAAAAAGAAAAAAAAAAUUUAAUGAAA